AGAAAGCCAGAGCGUGCGCCCGAUAUCCGGACGGAAGUGACAGGCAGCCGUUAGACCACAUUUGUGUUUUCCGCUUCCAAUGUCAAUUCGACGAUAAACGCCUUCAUUCGGUUGUUGUAUAUGUUGGUUAAUGCCUGUUUAACAAGACAUGAAGAAAUGUUUUCGCUGAAAAAGAUCCCGACAGCAAACAAGGAAGGAAUUUCGACCUUGUGCUUGUAAGCGACUCACUAGCUUCACUAGCGCCCAACUGCAGCUAACUGUGUACGCGGAGCAGGAUCACAGACGUAAAACCAGACAAGCAGCCAGAUUUGAAGAGACUACUGUAGACAUGUCUGAAAAAAAGGCUCCGAAGUCCCCUUCUCGAUCUAAGUCGAAGUCUGGGUCCAGGUCCAGAUCUCGAUCUUUAUCCAAUUCCCGCUCCAGAAGCCGGUCACGGUCCAGGAAACACCGAUACAGCUCUAGGUCUCGAUCUCGCUCCAGAUCUCAGUCGGCAUCUCAUGGAAGGGACCGGAACUAUCCCAGAGAAUACCAAAACAACCGUGGUUACAACCGCGGUUACAACCGUGGAUACCGCAGGCCCUAUUACUACCGUCCGCGAGGACGGGGAUUUUUCCCACGGGGCCGCUACCAGAGAGGUGGGGGCUAUGGCUACAAUGGGUACCGAUCCAACAACUGGCAGAACCAACGGGGUCAACAGUCACACGAGCAGAACCAGAACAGCCCCAGGAGAGGGCGCUCCCGCUCUCGUUCACGCACUCCCCGAAGGCGAUCAGGGAGCCCUUGCUCACGCAGCAGGUCUCGCUACUCUGACCGCUCUUCAUCGGUCCGUUCCCGUCGGUCUUCCUCUUCCCCUUCUUCACGUUCCUCCUCUCCCCCGGCCAAGCGCAGCACCAAGGAGACAAAAGAGAGAGCCACUGAGGAGAAGGGGCCUGCAGCAUCAGACUAUGCCAGUCCACAGCUGCGCUCCGCUGUGGUUGUCAGCCAGGGACUGCCAUCAGGCUCUCAGACUGGGGCUUCUAGCAUCAGCGCCCCCUCUUGGAAAAGCAUCGGCCCUGCACCCACCAGCAAGAGCCCACCAGGCCCUGUGGCUGGAGUGUCUGGUUUUGGGUUCUUCUCAAAGGAGGAUCAGAAGGCAGGAGAAAAGACUGCCAUCUCCUCUGCCUUUAAGAAGUUCUUGGCAGAGCACCAGAGUAAAAAGGGGUCGGAAUGGGAGGGGGAUCCCAGUGCUGCUGAGGGAGGCACCAAGAAGUCCUCUGUUUUCCCGUAUGCUGCUGAGGAGGUGAAGGAGGAGUCUCGGUCCCGGCCCCGGAUGAAGGAGCGCGAAGUGGAAGACGAGCCCAAGCCUAAGGGCAGAGCAGCCCCUCCAAGUCGGGGGUCACUCGAUGACGGCAUUGGCAAAUGGGCAGAGCUGGCCCCUUUGCCCCCAGGCAAAGAUGUGCCCCGGCCUGAGGAGGAGUGCAAUGACCUGGAGGACAUGGAAGAAGAGCUGUAUUUGAGUCGUAAGCAGGAACGUGCAGCUGCCGCCAGGAGGGAACGGGAGGGUCCAUCCCCAGACAGGCCUCCAAAGGGCAGGAGAAAGGAGCGGCCUGGGGACAGUCCCCCUCGUGCAAGAUGGGGGGAGGAGGACCUCAGUUUCAGUCUGAGCUCCAGCCAUUACGAGCAGCCCACCUCCUCUGACAUUCUGACUAAGGAGCGCCGCAUCUCUCGGGACCUGGUCCACCCGGCCAAAGAGAACCGAGAAUUUCGCUCCAUCUUCCAUCAUAUCCAGGCGGCGCAGUUUCGUCGGAGCCCCUCCGAGCUGUUUGCUCAGCACAUUGUCACCAUUGUGCACCACAUCAAAGCGCAACAUUUCCCCUCUCCAGAGAUGACGCUGAAUGAGCGUUUUUCCAUGUACCAGCGCAGAGCUGCUGAGAAGGAGAUGAGGUCCCGAAAAAGCCCUGAAAUCCACAGGAGGAUUGACAUUUCCCCCAGUGCAUUUAAAAAGUACUCCCACCAGUUUGAGGAAGUGAAACAUGAGGAAGUCGGCUACAAGGAUAUGGGGAAGAAAGUGCGGAGCGACGUGCCCGACAUGUGGCUGGACGUGGCGCAGCACGUGAGCUACCCGGAGAGAGAGCAUCGGCCCGCAGGGAGGGAGCUCGCAGACUCACCGGGCUCCACGGAGAAACCCACCAAGCACCGCAAGAAGUCCAAGAAAAGCAAGAAGAAGCGCUCUCGUUCAUCAUCCUCAUCAUCCUCUUCAUCCCGUUCCUACCGUGCUCCUGAAAAGGGUGCACAGGACAGUCACCCAGGGGAGGAGGGAUUCAGCCGCAGCUGCCCGCCGCCACCUCUGGAGCAGGCUGCCGCCUCUGAGGAGAAAGGUCACGAGCCUGGGGGCUUUCACUUCAGAAUCAGAGGCCGCGGGUGGAACAGGGGGAAUUACUCGAGGAAUGGGAAUCCCCCGAACACGGAAGUCCACCCCCCUGAGGAGGAGUGGGACCCAGAGUACACGCCGAAGAGCAGGAGGUACUACCUGCAUGAUGACCGGGGUGGGGACAGGAAGUGGCUGAACCCGGGGGCUCAUGGCCGUGGAUCCUUCCCUCACCCAAGGGGGCAGUACCCAGGAGCACGCGGGGGAUUCCUGUACCCAAAAGGCAGCCCCAAGUGGACCCACGACAAAUUUCAGAGCGGUGAAGAAGAGGGGGAGCUGCGGGAGGAGGACGGGGAGCUGGGCCCACCGGAGGUGGUAGGCAUGCCAUCCAAGAUGUAGCUGCACACCACCUGAGCAGCCCAGCCUCUGCAAUGUCUGUCUCACGAGGGGCAGGGUAGGUGCAGCACAUUUUAACGAAAGAGAGAAAAAUCACUCACUGCUGGACUGCCCCACCAUAUCCAGCGUCCAGGACUCCCUUGUCCCCAGUGUGGCAGGUAGCCUGUUUUCAGUCAGUCAUGCACAGUCAUGACACAUUUUACAACUUCAAAGAGAAGAAGUGUGUGCUCUAGUGUUACAGUGAAAGCAGGCAUAAAUACAUGUGGAAUAUCGCAGUGAAAAUACAAAGAUGUUCUGGAAGUAACAUUGUGGGCUCUACUGCGUUAUGAGCUUCCCCUCAGAAAUAAAUGGAUAGUUUUAUUUUGUAAUGAUUCAUGGUGACUUCUGUUUGUUCUAAUGUAGAGAAUAUGCUAUUCAGUUUGCCUUCCAUUUUGUUAAUAUGAAGCCAUUGUGGCACUUUUCAUUCACAUGGAAGUUUUUAUAAUGUUCAGUACACCCUGCUGUGUGCUGUAUGGUGAUUUGUAAGCUUUUGAUUGUCUUUAGCUUCCAGUGUCUAACACUGAUCUGUGGGGAGGGUGUGACCUUCUAAACUCAUCCAGAGGACAACUGCUGUUAAUCCUAUGUCUUAUAUAAAACGACAAACUACUCUUCACCACUGUAAUUAUAAGACGGUCUGCAAACAAAGGCAUUGCUUUCAUUUUAAUAUUUAUUCAUGUUCAACUAGUAAGAAUCAGCUGUGGAGAUGAAAACAUGCAGCUAUGUUGUGAUGGCAUCUCCGGUGCCCAGGCCCCUAAUACAGCCUGAGAGAAUCCAGUCACAGUACGGAGUUGCUUGAUCAGAUCAGAUCAGGUUUAGCUUCAUGUAGAAGUGAUGAGGGCAAAUCUAUGGCUCUUGCCCCCAAACACUUUAUUUCUUCUUCUGCUGCUUCUUCAAGCAGUGGAAAUAUUUAGUGCAAGGUUAGUUUUACACUUGAAGCUGCUCAGUACUCUCUGCAGCGACCUUUUCCUUUCUUCCCUGAGUGAGGAAGCUCUCAUGUGGUGCUCCAAGGGAACGAACUUGCCUCCUGCUUCUCCCGUGGAGGCUGCUGUCAUCCACAUUCUCACAUCCUCCCAUAAUUGCUUAUCUUAACUGUAACUUUCUUAACUGUCAGUCUUGGCAAAGUUGUCCGUCUUGUGUGUAGACCAGAAUACCUUAGGGUCACUCAGAAUCUAGUCCUGGCCUGUCUGCAGCCUGAAGAUCCUUAUUAACUUAAUUGGUCAUUUGUACUCAUUGCAUCCAUGCAGUAUUGCAUCCAUGCAUCUUACUGGUUCUAAAAAGACCAGGGCUGGUGUCCAUGCGGCUCUAAAUUCUCAUGGUUCUCUCCUCCAGUCAGCUGUUAAAAGAAAAUGUAGGCAGUUCUAUUUAGGUUCCAGCGCGGUGGGGGCUGUGUGUGAUGGUAAGAUGCAAACAAAUAAGUGAUUUAAAGGGCAGGACAGUAAAUGACCAGAUUGUUACACUGUCCAUUAUCCUGCCUACCCAGGUAUAAUGAGAACUAGUAACUAAACAAAGAUUCCUUAAAUGCUGAAAAAUGAUUUGAGGCUGAUUGGGCUGGUUGACAGUAUUACAAAAAGCAUUUUUAUGCUUUUGGUGUGACGUGAUUGACUGCAGAUAGGACACUUUGUAGGUGUCAUUGCCGGGAGGUGGGAGAACCAUUGACCUAGAGCUUUACUAACACCCAGUGUAAGAUCAGUAGUGGUCAUUUCUGUCGUUAGGCUAUACAGGCAUUAUGGGACAGGGCUUGGGUCCAAGGCCUGGCCUGUCCAAUCACAGGCUUACACCCUCUUGCCUCCCCACAUAAAUGUCAGCCAAUCGCAGUCUCUUUCUCUGGUGAAUGUAAACAGAAAAAGUGCAAGGCAAUACCGUUCUUUAAUAUGUAAUUGAUUAAGAUGCCACGUAACAACAAACAAAAAAAAAUAAACGUUUUGGAUAAUUGAUGUACUAAAGAAACCUGUAUUUUAUAGAGUGAUGAUUCUGGUAGUAGGAUGCUGCCAAAUGACCUGGUUAUACAUGCAUGUGACAGAAGGUGUUUCUUGGUUUAUCUUGGUUUGACACUUGUACAGUGUGCAAAUGUCUUCCCUGCACCCCCCCCUCCGGCAACCCUGCAUUGGACAAGCGGGUUGAGGAAUGACUGUUGCUCAUUGCAACCAUAAUGUUAAUGGCAGCAUACAUGAGUGCAUAUUGGCUUCUAUUUAAUCAGUGUUUAACCAAAAACAAGCUUAUUUAUACAUGUUCAUGGGUCAUAACAGGGUAAUUCAAUUUAAAUUGAAGCAGCAAUUUAUUCAUUGUCAAGGAUAUGACUGGGCCAUCGGGCCCAAUCCUGAUGUCUCAAAUGCGGCCUGCAUUUUCUAUAUUACCUUGCAUGCAAGCUUGCUUCAGUAAAAAGUACUGGAUUCUCUUUUGGGAUUUACAUUGGGUUUCUUUGUGAGCAAAUUCUAGGGAUGGGAGGCGAGCCAGAAAAUUCUUGCUUUUGCUUUAUUUCUUUAUUUGAAGUUCAUAUGUUUUGUUUUUUCCCCCUUUUUUUUAUAACCCUGUUGCUGCUUUGUGCUGUUUCCCAUAGUGCUUUGUGACGCAUCAUCUGGCAGAGGACUGUAAUCUAAGGGCUCCAUCCAGCUCCUUUCAAUUCGGUUCUGUUCCCUGUUCAAACAUUUUUCCCUCCUUAAACCUUUUCUUGGUACGUUACACUUUGACGUCUCAUCACUUGGCAGGUUGCUAUACAAAAUUCUGUUAAAUGUUCAUGGUUAUUCUAAUAUCUAAUGCUCUGUGUUCAGCUGAAUAUAGUUUGUUUAAACGUUACUUUAAUGCAGCUCAUAUUUUAUGUUCUCUUUGCCCUUUAAAUGAUUGGAAGUCUUCUACUGUUCAUCUUUUGUCAACAUUAAUAGUUGAUUUUCUUUCAAUAAAUCACUGAAUUCCUGAAGAAA